GUCAAAAUUCAUGACUGUUAUUCUGUCCAAAACCGUAAGUGACACAGCAGUACAUGGUUAGAAAAACAAACCCGGUAACAUUAAACAAAACUCAGUGUUAAACAAUGUUCCGCAAUCAAUACGACAGCGAUGUCACCGUCUGGAGCCCCCAGGGCCGCCUCCACCAAGUGGAGUACGCCAUGGAGGCCGUAAAUUUGGGUUCAGCGACCGUCGGCCUGAAAAGUAAAACACACGCCGUCUUAAUCGCUCUCAAAAGAGCGUCUUCCGAGCUCUCAGCGUACCAGAAGAAAGUCAUCAACAUCGACGACCACAUCGGAAUCACAAUCUCAGGUUUGACCGCCGAUGCAAGAAUCCUUAGCCGCUACAUGAGAACCGAAUGCCUCAACUACAAGUAUUCGCAUGACACGCAAUUGCCCCUAAACCGUUUGAUUAGCCAGUUGGGAAAUAAAAUGCAGUUGUGUACGCAGCGAUAUGAUCGAAGACCAUAUGGAGUGGGGCUGCUAGUGGCAGGGUACGAUGAUCAAGGGGCUCACGUUUAUCAAACGUGCCCGUCAGCUAAUUUUUAUGAUUGUAAGGCGAUGUCGAUUGGGGCGAGGUCGCAGAGUGCGCGCACGUAUUUAGAGAAGCAUUUGGAAGAGGUUUCAUCGAGUUCUUUGGAGGAAUUGAUUAAGCAUGGUUUGAGGGCGUUGCGUGAUACUUUGCCGCCUGAGGUUGAUUUAACCAUCAAGAAUGUGUCUAUUGGGUAUGUGGGAAAAGGACAGCCUUUCAAGAUUUUGGUGGAUGAUGAAAUUGGUCCCUUCUUGGCUAUGAUUCAAGGAGAGGAAAGAAGAGGUGGUGGGACUCAUGAUCCAGGAGCGGAACCUCUACGGGAGGAAGCGGGGGACCAGGACCAGGGUCCCAGAGACCCAGCCGCAGCAGUAGCAAUGGAUACAGAAUAAAUAAAGGAAGAUUUUUAAUUUUUUUAAAAAUCUACCUUUUGCCUUUGAAAAACGUGCUUGAAUUUGUGCCGUGGCUGUCUAAUUUUUAACUAGGCAGCCACGGCACAGUAUCGCUAUAUAAAUUUUCUUAUUUGUAUGCAACCAUUAAUUAAUAAAUAAAUUGUCCUUAAA